AUGUGGGAACCAGUCGCUAUCCCCUUUCAGAACUCCAAGCCUCUGCCUACUCUACCUACAACAGAUGAAAUUCGCGCUUGCACCAAUGUUCUGUGGGAGACCAUGGCCUCCAAGAUUGUGGCGGUGAACGACGAUAUUGUUGCAAAAUAUGGGGGUACUGUCAACGCCUGGGAAGGCCAAGCUUUGGUUUACCUUGAACGAUACGUCCCAGGAGUUCCGGCCCCUCGACUAUACGCGAUGUACUAUGAGUCCAAACAAGUCUUCAUGAUCAUGCAACGCGUUCCUGGGGUUCCGCUGAAUUCCAUCUGGCCAUCAUUGGUGGACUCUGAGAAGGACGACAUUAUCGCAAAACUUAAACUAAUAUCCGACACAAUGCGAAAGGCCGAGUGUCCAUGGCCCGACUUUUUCGGAGGCCUGGACGGGGGCGGCGUACAUCACUACCUAUUCUAUAGCCAGCAUGGCGAUAAAAAAUUCCUAGGGCCUUUCUCUGGCGAGCCUGCCUUCGUUGCGGCCCUUGUCGGUAAUUAUAGAGCCUUGGUCGAACGCAAUAAGCGUCCAGACUUCAAGGCUCGCUUUUACGAAAAACACUGGGCUCGCGUCCUUCAAGGUCACCGGCCCACAUUGACACAUGGGGACCUUCAGCAGAAGAACAUUAUUGUCGCAGAGAAUACAAGUCGCCCAAACGAUCAAGGUGGGCGAUCAUUUGAUGUCGUACUGGUCGAUUGGGAGAAUUCUGGCUGGUUUCCUGACUUCUGGGAAUUCUUUUGUGCAUCUUCCCCCUUUAUUUUUGACUGGGGAGAAGACUGGUCCUGGCGAGUCCAGGAGUUUCUUCAAGUAUGGCCAGCCGAGGUGGCCAUGAUGCAACUGAUUGACAGGGAUCUAGGCUGGUGA